UGCUGAAAAAAUAAUAUUACGUUGGAAAUAAAAUGGUACUCAACACGAACACAGAUCAACAAUGCAAUUAACUCACACAGAAAUACCGGUUGAUUUUCAAAGUGUGCACCAAAACUCCGCCCUAAACAAAUUUUGACCAAUCGGCGACCGCUGUAGGCAUAGAUCGUUGUGGCAACACGCCUCAUGUUUUUCGUCACGGAACGGCGACUCAGGCGCGACUCACACAUUGUUAAUGUUAGCGCUUCGCUUUGAAGACACUGGAUCCGAACGUUCGUACCGUCUCGCUCUUUCACCGGCCGCUGUAAAUUUUGAUAUCAUUUUUAGAAUAUAUAGCACCAGAAAACGUCUAACUGAGUAAAGAAGUAGUUGUUAGUUCAGACCACCUGAAGAAUAAUUAAGAAGUAAUAAGGAUAGUUGAAGAAAUUUAGACCAAGAACGAUGAAUUUGUGAUCGGGUCAAUUCUGGCCGAUGUAGCAGUUCGGGCGUCAGAAAGAGACAAGUGCUCGGACGGAGGGGUUUGGAAGGCUGCGGAGGCGGCUAGUUUGAUCAUUUUUUGUUGCACCGCUGAUUGUGAAAGAUUACACUUGAGAGUCGAAAUACAUCUUUACAUCACACGUCAGUGGGCACCGAGCUGUCUUCAAAGCAACACGGAUUAGACACACGUUUCUUUUAGGUUAUCAUGUCUGCGUGCAAGUAGUGAUAGUGAAAUAUCCAGAGUGAUCUUCAGGACUUUUGUGUUGGGACUGAUCUGGUGUUAGCCCUGCGUCUUCGCUGCGGUUUCUGGCGUCGAUGGCUGUUUCAACUCUGAACAUGACUCCGUACUUCACAGGAUAUUCUUUUCAAGGUCAGGGUAGAAUGAACCAACUGGGCGGGGUUUUUAUUAAUGGGAGACCUCUUCCCAAUCACAUCCGUCUGAAGAUCGUGGAAAUGGCGGCGGCGGGCGUGAGGCCCUGCGUCAUCUCACGUCAACUUCGGGUCUCGCACGGCUGCGUCUCCAAGAUUCUCAACAGAUAUCAGGAAACUGGUUCCAUCCGCCCUGGUGUGAUCGGAGGAUCUAAACCGAGAGUGGCGACGCCUGAAGUUGAAAACAGAAUCGAAGAGCUCAAGAGACAAAACCCAGGUAUAUUUUCCUGGGAAAUUAGAGAUAAACUUAUAAAAGAAGGAAUCUGUGAUAAAAACACAGCACCGUCAGUCAGUUCCAUAUCGAGGCUUAUAAGAGGAGGCAAAAGGGACGAAUCAGAUCCUAGGAGAAAUCACAGCAUUGACGGUAUUCUAGGACCCUCAUCUUGCGACGACUCCGACACUGAAUCAGAACCUGGAAUUACGUUAAAAAGGAAGCAACGCCGAUCUCGAACAACUUUUUCUGGUGAUCAGCUCGAAGCCUUGGAGAGAGCAUUCACAAGGACCCAGUACCCCGAUGUUUACACCAGGGAAGAGCUUGCUCAGAAGACCAAAUUAACUGAAGCCAGAGUUCAGGUGUGGUUUUCAAACAGAAGAGCUCGUCUACGCAAGCAACUCAACUCUCAACAACUCAGUGCCUUUAAUACGAUGUCCUUACAAUCCGCUUUCCCGUCAGUCCACCAGCAAUACGAGCCUCCAAGUAGCUUCAAUGCUCAGUGCGCUUCUUGGCCGCAGUCAUAUUCCUCCGCACUAGGUUCAAGCUCCGUUCUGAACUCCGCCUUGGCUCCAUCUUUACAUCAAUCUGCGUUAACGCCAUCAGUUUGUCAGUCAGCAUUAGCUGCUUCAUCCUUACACCCUCCAACCUCAAGUUCGUUCACAUCAGGAAACCUGACUCCGCUUUCCCACUCCUCCGAACUUGCAACGCCUCUUCAAGUCGCAGCCGAUGCUACACCUCCCAGUUCGAGUCCCAGUGCCUCUAGUCCGUCAGUAAACCAGAGUGGUGGGAUAACCUACCAGCACCCCACAUAUGCGAGUCCGAGCGACCCUGUAUCCCACCCUUAUGGCUACGGGGACUAUGCGAAACAAGAUCAUGCCAUGUCCGCACAUAAUCACUGGACCUCGAGACAGCUCAGCGGACAUGCCUCGAACAAAUUAGCCGAAGUCGGUGCAUGGCCAGAAAAUUAUAGUUCAUUCUUCGGCACGAAUGCUCACUACGCGUCGCACGCGCACUCGCCCGGCGAGGCCAAGUCCGGGUACCCGUACUUAGGACAACUCGGCGGUAUGGAUAUGGGCAGAGUUCAUUAACCUUCUUCAAAAAUAUUAAACAAAACCUAUGUAUUUG